CGGAGCAACUAGAUCACGAAAACUGAAAACAGUAACCCGGUGUGCAUCACGUUGUAAGGUGUUACAGUUUCCUCCGUUGAUUUCUUUUUUCUUUCGCGACGUUUUUUAUAUCACGCAUUUGCAAUCGAUCGCGAGCAGCGAGCGAGAGAGAAUGCGCCACGUCCCGCUUCUUUUCUGACGGACGUCCGAGGUUAUCGAAGGUAAAAGUAUCUCAAAAAUCGCGUAAGAAGUAAUACUCGAGACAAAUUCAAUAUGGGACGUACGGUGACCGUCGCUGUUUGCACAUUAAACCAAUGGGCGAUGGACUUUGACGGGAAUAGUAGAAGAAUCUUGCAGAGUAUACAAGAGGCAAAAGAUGCUGGUGCCACUUAUAGAAGCGGACCGGAGCUAGAGAUUUGUGGUUACAGCUGCGAAGAUCACUUUUAUGAAUCGGACACGUUGCUUCAUAGCUGGGAGGUUUUAGCGAGCCUUUUAAAGUCAAGCAUUUGCGAGGAUAUACUGAUAGACGUGGGAAUGCCGGUGAUGCACAAGAACGUGACGUAUAAUUGCAGAGUGGCUUUUUUGAAUCGGCGGAUUUUACUGAUUAGACCGAAAAUGCGGCUCUGCGAGGACGGUAAUUACAGGGAAAGCAGAUGGUUCUCUCCUUGGACAAAAGAACGUACCGUCGAGGAUUACUUCCUGCCGCGAAUGAUAUCGCAAGUCACCGGCCAAACCAUAGUGCCAUUCGGAGAUGCAGUUAUCGCUACCAGAGACACGUGCCUUGGUUUUGAAAUAUGCGAGGAACUUUGGCAUCCAGCCAGCAAUCACAUUCCUAUGUCAUUGGACGGCGUGGAAAUUAUUGCAAACGGAAGUGGUUCGUAUUUCGAACUGCGUAAAGCAUACGUCACUGUGGACCUCGUUAAAUCGGCUACUUUUAAAGCUGGCGGCUGUUACAUGUUUAGUAAUUUACGCGGAUGUGAUGGGGGCAGAUUAUAUUUCAACGGUGGCUCCAGCAUCACUCUCAAUGGCAACAUAUUAAAUCGCGGAAGACAAUUCGCUCUCGAGGAUGUCGAAGUGACCAUCGCCACGUUCGAUCUCGAAGAUAUAAGGAAUUAUCGAAAUAGUAUCAGAUCGCGAUCACAUGCGGCAGCUGCGUCGCAAAGUUAUCCGCGCGUUAAAAUCGACUUUGCGCUCACGCCAGAGAAUCUUAUGUCGAAUCCACCAGAUCGACCGCUCGACGGAAUCCAAGAUAUAUAUGAUGAUGAAGACGGGCAAUCGAAACUUGUAUAUCAUACCGCAGAAGAGGAGAUUGCGAUGGCACCCGCGUGCUGGUUGUGGGAUUAUCUUAGGCGAUCUUGUCAAGGAGGAUUUUUCUUACCAUUGAGCGGCGGCGUAGAUUCAUCUUCCUCAGCAUGUAUCGUAUAUUCGAUGUGCGAAAUGAUUGUCGAGUCGGUCAGUAAAGGAGAUACGCAGGUUUUAGCAGACAUUAGGAAAAUUGUCGGCGAUUGCGAAUACGUACCGAUCGAUCCGAAACAAUUAUGUAACACUAUCCUGGUCACGUGUUACAUGGGAACGGAAAAUUCAUCGGCAGAGACCAAGAUCAGGGCAGCAGAAUUGGCCAGUCAGAUAGGAUCCUAUCAUCACGGUAUAGUCAUAGAUACCGCGAUAUCUGCGAUUUUAGGGAUUUUUCAACAGGUUACCAAGCUGACGCCGAAAUUCAAAGUGCAAGGUGGAUCGCCUAGAGAGAAUUUGGCGUUACAAAAUGUGCAGGCCCGAUUACGAAUGGUGAUCGCUUAUUUAUUCGCUCAAUUAAUGUUAUGGGUCAGAGGUCGUCCGGGUGGUCUCUUGGUAUUAGGGAGCGGUAACGUGGACGAAGCCUUACGCGGUUAUCUCACCAAAUACGAUUGCAGUAGCGCUGACGUUAAUCCUAUCGGAGGCAUCGCAAAAAACGAUCUAAAAAGAUUCCUUGUUUACUUUAAACGCAAACACGGGAUAUCUGCUUUAAACGGCAUCCUGGAGGCACCACCCACAGCGGAAUUGGAACCGCUGCAAGCAGGACAGCUCGCACAAUUGGACGAAGUAGACAUGGGUAUGACUUAUAAGGAGUUGUCGAUCUUUGGACGACUGAGAAAACAAAAUUGUUCCGGACCUUUCACAAUGUUCUGCAGACUUGUACACAUGUGGGAUCAUUGUACUCCGAAAGAAGUUGCCGAUAAAGUAAAACACUUCUACAGGUGUUAUGCUAUAAAUCGUCACAAAAUGACCAUAUUGACUCCAUCUUGCCACGCGGAGACAUAUAGUCCCGAUGAUAAUCGAUUCGAUCACCGUCCCUUCCUUUAUAAUUAUUCGUGGAAGUGGCAGUUUGCGGCGAUCGACGAACAGGUAAAACGACUCAACAGCGAGGAGAAACCAUCCAGACCGCAUAAGGCUGCUCCGAAAGUGCUCACCAAGCCUCGAUACAUGCCGUUCAGCUCCGUAAUCAGCAAUAAGACCCAUCCAGGAAUAGUAGUUUAACCGUAGCCGUAGCACUCUCUUAUCAUUUUGAUAUUGCAGCGCUGCGAUAAAUGGAUGAUAAGUAACCUGUACUUGGAACAAAUGAUGGACUAUAAUCAUCAAUCAUCGCUCUCGAACAAAUUUACAUUUAAGAAAGUUAUGUGAACACAUGUGAAAUAUCAGUAAAAGAUAUUUUGUGAAAGCUGAAGUUUAUGACACUUGAAACAAAUAAAUCUAUUAAA